AUGAAUAUAGAAGAAGACAUCACGGAUAUUUCUGAAGAAAAAGAUAUAGUUGAAAUGCUUCUUCCAGAUGGUGGCUUUUUUAUUGGUUCAGGGUCAGCAUUGACUACCUGUGGAACAGUACCCUUGUUAAUCAGCUACAUUAUUAUGUCUUGUACGAUUUGGUCUAUCAUGAACCAACUCAUUGAAAUAGUAACUCUCAUACCCCUUCCCGGGGAAGCAACUUUGUAUGUGUUGACAAGAAAGUAUUCAAGUAAGUUUAUUUCAUUUGCUGCUGGGUUGAAUAUCUAUUAUUCUCAAGCAAUGGUUGUUCCUGCUGAAAUCACAGCAAGUUCUUUGCUUAUAUCAUAUUGGACCACUGUUAAUUCUGUUAUUUUUAUUUCUGUCUUUUGUUUUUUAACUAUAGCUAUUAAUUGUGCGCCUGUCAAAUACUUGGUGAAAGUGAGUUUUGGGUUGCAAGUAUCAAGAUUGCAUGUCUAA